CAGUAACCGUGAGCCCUGGGUGAGCCCGGCAGGCAGUGGCCCAAGGGGAGCAGAGGGCACAGACACCCAGUGGGUACAGCUCCUAUGGGCAACCCCGACGAGACAGAGCCCCCCAGGAGGAAUCCCAUGCAGGGGACGCCACUCCUGCUGUUGGCUCUGAGGAGCUGGCCAGGCAUGGCCAGAGGGGGACAAGCACAGCACGGGGCGUGGCCAUCAUGCUGCCCGAGGGUCCCUGUGCCCGUAGGUCCGACAGGCGGUAACCUCUGUCGUGGGCGGCUGGCUGCUGGACCUGCGAGACCGCUACUCCUACUUCCACAAGCUCGUCCCCUUGUUGCUGUCAAGUGUCAGCGACGAGAUGCCUGACAUCCGGCAGUCGGCGGCGCAGCUCUGGGAGCAGGUGGGGCUGCAGUGGCAGCAGGAGAAUGAGACCGACCUGAAGGACAAACUGGACUUCGCCUCGCCACCCCCGCCCCACUUCCCAGCACAAGAGAGCCGCCCGGUGCUGGGCUGCCGGGAGCUUGUCUUCCGGAACCUGUCCAAGAUCCUUCCGGCUGUCUGCCACGACCUGGGCGACUGGGUGGUGGGCACCCGGGUGAAGUCGGCGCAGCUGCUGGCUGUGCUGCUGCUGCACGCCGAGGACCACGUCACGCAGCACCUGGAACUGGUGCUCAGGGCACUGUGCCACGCCUGUGCCGACGAGGAGCCAGCUGUAGUCAGCCAUUGCGUGCGGUCCGCCACGCUCCUGGGCACUUUUGUCAGUCUGGAGGUGCUUCUGAAGCUGCUCCUACCACUGCUGAAGCGGUCACCCUCCGCCGCCGGCCUCCUGGUCCUGGCCUCGGCCAUUCGAGGCUGCCCACGGGAGGCCCUCCAGCCACACCUGACGGCCCUGGCCUCGGAGCUGGCCCAAGCUCACAUCUGCCAAGCGUCAGAAAACGACACUUACCUGCAGCACUUGGUGCUGUGUAUUGAAGCCCUGGUGUCCGUGGGCCGGGAGGACUGCCGUGCGUGCAGCCUGCAACUGCUCCAGGUACUGGUGACCGUCAUGGCCGUGCCAGGACCCCUGGGCACCCAGGACAAGGCUCAGGAGACCAUGGCCUCGCUGGUGGCCGUGGAGAACGUCACAGGCAGCCAGGACCUCUUCCGGAAGCACCUGGGCCCUCUCCUGGAAGGGCUGACCGCCUCGCACAGUAGCUGGACCGCACAUGUGGCUGAGCUCCUGCAGUUCUGUGUGGUCAUCACGCAGGCAGGCCCCGCGGUCGGAGAGGUGCUGCCCCAGGUUGUGGCCACACUCAGAGCCUGCCUGCAGCCAGCCCGGGACCCACAGAUGCGCCUGAAGCUGUUCUCCCUGCUGUCCCAGCUGCUGCUCAGGCCCAAGGACACCAUCGACUCCCAGGGGCAGUUCCAUGAGCACCUCGAAACCGUGGUGAAGGACAUCCUGGCCCCCAACCUGCAAUGGCAUGCGGGCAAGACGGCCACCGCCAUCCGCACGGCCGCCGUGUCCUGCCUGUGGGCGCUGAGUAGCAGCGACAUGCUGACAGCCCAGCAGGUGGAGGCCGUGCAGGAGGCACUGCUGCCUCAGGUCCUGACCACCCUGGAGGAGGACUCCCAGAGGACCAGACUGGUCUCCUGCCACAUCGUGAACUCGUUUCUGAAGACCUCUGGGGCUGCUGCCGACUCUGACAGGCUCAUCAAGGUUUACCCUGAGCUCCUGAAGCGCCUGGAUGAUGUCUCCGAUGAGGUGCGGGUGGCGGCGGCCUGUGGCCUGGCCACAUGGCUGCGCUGUGUGGGCAGCGUCGAGGGCAGGUCCUGCUACCAAGGUCACGUCCAACACCUGUACCGGGAGCUGCUGGUCCACCUGGACGACCCCGAGAGAGCUAUCCAGGACGCAGUGCUAGGUGUCCUCAAGCAAGGCAGCAGCCUCUUCCCCGAGCUCCUGGUGAGGGAGACGGAGGCCGUGGUCCACAAGCACCGCUCGGCCACCUACUGUGAGCAGCUCCUGCGGCAUGUGCAGGCCACCCCGGCGGCACAGUGACCACGCCGGGCCCCAUCCUUACCCGCCUGGGCUCGCAGCGGCCCCAAGGAGACCACAGCACACAGCGGCCACUCCCGGGGGCCGCCGACUGCUCACACCUCCUGGCCUGCCCGGGCCAGCCCUUCCCGAAGCAGCCAGAGAAGUCUGUUGGACACGGCUCCCUAGAGGCCUCCCUGCCGCCUGUGGUCCUCAAAGCUCCAAGCUGGCUGCUCCCGCAGUACGGCCCGCGCUGGCUCGGCUGCCAGUCCCGGUGCUGGGUGAGGCCGUCCUGCCCUUCACACCGAGUGCCUGGGGACUGCGUGCUGUCCAGUGUCUGUGUUAAAGCAGGGUGAGGCCGUCCUGCCCUUCACACCGAGUGCCUGGGGACUGCGUGCUGUCCAGAGCCAAUGUUUGUUAACGCGGGGUGCUGUAGGUGUUUUCUAACAGACAGUAACAUUUAUCUUUGGUGUUUGAAAUCU